AUGUCCCCUUCUUCCACUACUUCCAACCCACCGGACAAGGACAAGGACAAGGGCAAUCAGAAAGACAGGGACAGUCCUUCCGCAUCUUCCAUCUUCCUCCCUCUCGGAAGAAAAGCUCGUCGGGACUCCAAAUCAUCCUUGUCUCACGAUCUUGAUCAAGAUGCGCUCAACCACGCUCUCAACAGCAUCCAUACUGCGGCAUCCCAGUCGAACAACUUGACCGUCUUCAAUGACUACACCGACCCUCCCACUGCCUCCUCUCAGACGGAGAACAAGUCUUUGGCUAGCGAAAUACAAGGAGGCAUAUCCGGCUUGUACAACAAAUUGAAGGCUACAGUGGGUGUUUCCAAGGAUGCUGACGACUCUCCUCAAGAAGUGUCUUCUGCUCUGCCAGUGGCGGACGAUCGAGCCAGCUCCAAAUUCAGCUCCGGUCUCACAUCCAAAGCCCCGUCUCCACGCCUGACAGCCUCAGACGCCACGAUUCCGACCGAUCCACCCCCAUCAAAGGUGUCUUCCAAGGCCACCAGCAUCUCGAAACCCUCCAUACCUUCUACUCCUGCUCUGCGCUCGCCCACGGGUCCUCCGCAGCCUUCUUCUCACCUCGCUGACCCUUCUGUCACAUCUGUGAAUAUCCAUGCUGUCGGCUCGACGAACCACUCCAGGGCUGGUUCUGGCUUCGAGCUGGAGUCUCCCCAUGAGCGGAGUUUGACAACCUCCGCAGACAGCGAGAGUCUGCGCAAAGCUCUUUCCAAACAGGGAACCGAGACCUCCUUCUCUGACAGGGGGAAUAAGCUGAUAACCUCGCCGCUCUUGAGUGCCAGAGGGGUGUCCACCUCCCAUGAUCGAGGUUUGUCAACCAACUCAAAUCAAAGUCAUUUUAGCCAUGCCGAUGGUGUAGCUAGUCCACCGCUACUGGCCUCACCUCAAGGGGAGAGAUCGGCUACUCGGGUGGUGGCGGCGAAUAGACAAGAAAAUGCUUCGCACCAAAGGCAUAUAAAUCCGUUAGACCUCUUGGCCGAAAAUGCUAUCAACUCGACGAAAGCCUCGUCAGCCUCUCAGAGCAAGCCUAACGAACUCUCUGGCCUAAAGUCACCCCUUCUCUCUACUUUGGAGCAGAGACCACCCGAGAAACUAGCUCCAAAAAUAAAUCAGUCGAGAUUGCCGGGUUUCUACGCCUCGCGAACGACUUCAUCAGACUCCUCGGUAUCUGCCGGCCUGUUGCGCACAAACCUGGACCAGCUUGACGAGGAUACACGGAGCAUUGUCAUCAAUCGUACUCACCAGCCGAGACCGCUCAGCAAGCUACGCAGCAAGUUGUUAAGCAAGGAGUUCUGGAUGCGAGACGAGAACGCAAAGGAUUGCUUCCAUUGCGGCGAGCAGUUCACGACAUUCCGAAGAAAGCACCAUUGCCGCACAUGCGGUCAGAUCUUUGACAACAAGUGCACGGUCCUCAUCAGCGGAAGUCAUUUCGGGUCCAACAGUGCUGUUCGCGUUUGCAAACCCUGCGAAUCGAUAAUCACUUCCCACGACGAUGAUUCUUCCGAUUACUCUGCUGAAGACCUGACUUUGACGGACUCGAAUGCUCGUCCACGGACUCCUGAACCCUCUCUAUUUACCCGCGCCAUUCCCAGAUUUGAGGAUGACAAUACUUCGGUUACUUCCCAGUCUCUUGAACAGAUGGCCAGGACGCCCACAAUGAGCUUUCCGGUGCGACGAGCUUUCGAUGGCGCUAACCGUAACUCUGCAGUGCUGGAAUUUGAUACCACGGAUCGACCACUACCUCGUCCAAGCUCUUCCAGAUCUUUGAAAGCAACUCAUUCUAUUGGUCACGGCCACAAGAGGCACCACUCCAGGCACCAGCACAUACGCAACUUCAAAGCGUACCAUGAAGACAGAGCACCUUUCCAACGUCGUGCUGCCGAGGAGGGACUCAAAGCUGGCAAGUCUUCAGCUUUUCACCGAGAUAGCAUCAUUGAUCCUGAUCUCGCACAAUAUCUCUCGGAUGAUCCUUCCAGUGAGGAAGACCAGUCUAUCAACGAAGCCUUGAACCAAGAUAAAUUGUCCCGCAGUGAACCUGAUAGCGAGAAAAGCGCGAUUGGUGGUCUGUUGGCAGCCGUGCGCAAGGGCCGUUCUCGACUCGGGGAUCGAAGUAUCGCUGGAUUUCUUAACCUGGGGAGAGAGGCGGAUGAAGCAAGUGUCAUCAGUUCACGUAACAUAGAAGCACUCAAAGGUUCUCGGAAGCGGAAUCUUAGUGUUUCAAGCAGCAUCCACCGUGGCACCCCGAGAACAACCAGAGAGAGACUGCAAAUCAUCAUCCCCGGCAAUCAAGACGAUCAACAAGACAGUUUGGCAGAUUCGGCAAGCAUCUACCGAGGCCGUUCUAGAAUGAUUCGAAGUGCAUCCAUGCAUGGGAUGGCUGCACCAGCCAUGGAACUUAAUCGUGCAAGCAUCCAACAUGUGCAUAAAAUGCUUCAGCAACUUCUCAGGGAUGCGAACAUACCAAAAGUUCAAAGUUGGGAGGAUGCUCUUAUUCCGAUCUUGCUCAAAGCCACCGACGACGUCGACCCAGAUGUUCAGGGUGGAGACGACAUAGACAUUCGUAACUACGUCAAGCUGAAAAAGAUCCCCGGAGGCAAACCGGGUGACACUGCAUACAUUUCUGGAUUGAUCUUCACAAAAAACGUGGCUUUGAAGAGUAUGGCUCGGUCCCACACAAAUCCCAAGAUUUUGAUCAUCACUUUCGCGCUUGAAUAUGCCAGGCAUGAACAGCAUUUCAUGAGUCUGGACCCUGUCAUCAGGCAAGAAAAGGAGUAUCUGGCCAAUCUUGUUGGACGCAUCGCCGCCUUGAAGCCUGACGUCCUUUUGGCUCAGCGGAGCAUAUCUGGCCUCGCCCUUGAGCUACUGGAGAAAGCAAAAAUCACAACCAUUUUCAACGUAAAGUCAUCGGUUCUCGAAGCUGUAUCACGGUGCACGCAAGCCCGUGUCGUCCAUUCUAUGGACAAAUUGACCUCUUUGUCAGACCCCUUCGGUCGCUGCGACUCUUUUGAAGUAAAGACCUUCGUGGCUGACGGGCGAAGGAAAACCUACGUUUAUCUCUCGGGGUGCCCCCCUCAGCUUGGGUGUACAAUUGCACUUCGAGGUGCCGACCGGCAGACCUUGUCUAAGAUCAAACACGUCACUGAAUUCAUGGUGUACGUUGUUUAUAAUUUGAAACUCGAAACUUGUUUGAUGAGAGAUGAGUUUGCCCUGAUACCGAGCGCACCUACUGCUAAUGCCACUGAAACAACUGCCAGCGUUCUUCCGAAGGCUGCGGCAACUGACAAUGAAGGGACGUCGCAAGAUGUUAACGAAAACACUGAAAAAGUUGAGACCCAUGUUGCUGAAACUGGAGACGUCUCGAAUGCAGAAAUCAUUGCUCUGGAGAAAGAAGUCCGUUUUGCUCAGGCAGCCAGGAUGGAUAGCACAGAUUCGGCACACAUACCAGAGGACAUACCUGUGCCGACGUUUUAUGAGGACCUUGUCCUUAAGCAUGAGACCCGCAUCCUUUCAGCCUCACCAUUUGUCAAAUUCAUGCAGCCAUAUCUUCUUAUGCGUGCGAGAGAGUUGGAAAGACGCGUUGCAUACCUCAAGCGGCUCCGUGACCAGGAUCUCUCGGCCGAACAGACGAUGGAAGAUAAGGGCAAGACUUCCAAGUUCACCUUGAUUCAGCCAGAAAUGGUUCAUAGACCUCUUGCAGGAGCAAGCAAGAAGGUUCGCGAGAUCAUCCACGCGGUACACGAUGCCGAGUAUGAUAAGGCGGUCUACAACUAUGAAAGCCAGAAAAAACAGUGGGAGACCUAUCUCUCGGGAAACCGCAAUCUCUUUGACCCCUUCGCUCACCAAAACAUUGUCGUCUUGUUCAGUCUAGUUUCCACGGAGACGUCCGUCCCCUGCUCUGGCCCGGACCUUCUUGCCUUUAGUUUUUACAACGAACAUGAGACCGAGGCUGAGUUCGAGGCAGAUUGUACUCUUGGGCAAUACGUUGAAGAUUUGUGCUACCGGGCAAAUGACAUCUGCCCAUCCGACGCCUGCGAAAAGAAAAUGCAUGAGCAUCAUCGUCAGUACGUCCACGGCGAAGCGCAGAUCACAGUCUUUGUACAACCAUACCCAUCGAAGAUGCGUGGAUUCCAGGAUGUGAUUUUGAUGUGGAGCCAGUGCAAGAUCUGUGGUGUUGAGACCACUGUUACCCCCAUGUCCACAAGCACUUGGAAAUAUUCAUUCGGGAAGUAUCUUGAACUCUCAUUCUGGAGUGCAGAUCUCCAUGCUCGGGCCGGGAUCUGCCCGCAUGACUUGCACAGGGAUCAUUUUCGAUACUUUGGAUAUAAAGAUUUUGCCCUUCGCGUCCAUUAUGAUAUAAUCGACCUCCUUGAGAUCAUUGUGCCGAGAAUGAGGCUUACAUGGAAGAUCGACAAUGACUUGAAAUUUCGAAAUGAUUUCUACACACGCCUGGAACACCGCAUCACGAAAUUCAUGGUGUCUGUCAAGCUUCGUCUUAAGAACAUCAACGCAGAGGCGGUCUUGCCCGAAACAGCUGACGCAUGUCGCGCCGAGAUCGAACGACUAACAAAGAAAGCCAAUGAAGAACACGCAGGCCUCAUCAAACAGCUUCAAGAACGGUAUACGAACACGAGAUACUGGGAGACAAUACCACUUAACGCUGUCCUACGGGCUACACAAGAGAAAGUGUCUGAAUGGGAUGACUCUUUUGCAGAUUUUGAGCGGAACUACUUCCCUUCGGAAACAGACAUUCACCGACUCGCGACUCUGCAACUCAAGAAGAUCUUCCUCGACCGCGAUGUUUCAGUUGCGUCCUUAAAAUCCGACGAUGAAGGUGCUACCACGCCUCCCACUGAAGAGGUCGUUGACGAGAAAGGAGAGACAGUGGAAACACCGACCGAAGCGCGACGGCCUAGCAAACUUUCACCGGAAAAGACCCAGAGUUUUCUUCAAAGCGUACUGGAGGAGCAUGCUACUAGCCCUGCGGAUGAGACUGGCAUUUCAGUAUCGUCGGAAGUCACAAAGGCGGACAUCCAUAACCUCCCCUCUAUUUUGGAUGGGCCCCAUAACGUUGAAGAUGUGAAACACCUCGAUUUGGCGAUAGCGCCUCCAGCCCAACAUGCAAUCCUUCCUGUGGAAGACAUUUUCAAGCAGAACUCACUGGCUUCGACCCCGGAUCAUACAUGUGAGAACGAACAGCGUGAAGAUGGGAUCAGCCUUCCCACCCCUGACAAAAUGGAGGUGCCCCCAGACAUCCCAGAGAUUGUUGUCCCAGCGCAGCAGACUCAGCCGAUUGAACUGCCUCAGCCUGGCGUCCGUGACGCCUCUGCAUCUGAUGUCUUACGGAGGCGACUUGAUGGGAAGUCUUCACCGGGGCUUGCUCGAGCUCACUCGCAGCCUGCUGGUUCUGUUGCCCUUCGCUCAUCAGCUGCUCAGACAACUCCGAGCACUUUGUCAGCCGUCAAUGCAAUGAACGGUUUCCCUAAACAAAGUCCAGCAAUAUCUGCUAAUAACAGCGACCCCGACCUGAUUACCCCUGAUAAAAAGCUCUCUGAGCGACUAGGCUUUUCUCAUUUGAAGAACAAGACAUUCUCAAAGGGUCAGUCAUUGAUACCGCGAGCUGUUACAAACCGGAAAGAAUCUAGAGUCUCCAGUCUUGCCAAACACUUCGAACAGUUGAGUCGCGAGUUCGAGAGGGAGCGGAUUCGCGAGAGAAGGCAACGCGCUGCAAGAAAUAUGCAGUCAAGAGUCUACCCUCUUGCAGCACCGAAACCCAUCGUCGAGGUAAUCAAGGACGUCGAUGUAACUAUGGAUGAACGCGGUGAUGCCGAUGAUAUCUUUGGCAAAGAUGAUGACCGUCCGGCGGGGGAGAUGGAGAAGGCAUCAGGCACCGCCGAAGGCAUGGCCAAGAUUUGUUCGCCGGGGGAAAGCAGGGCUGAGCCUCACGAUGAAGAACCGGCAACCAACGCUGCAGAGAAUGAGACUGACAUUCAGCCCUCGAGCCAAGUGCCUUCUGAGGCUGAGGACGGGAGCGAUGUCGACGAAGCGGAGGAAGAGAUCUUUCUACCUGAUUCACCUGAAGAUCUAAUGCGGAUGUCUCAAGAAGAUAUUGAUCUCAAGGAGCUCCCGAAACAUGAGCGCACCUCGCUGAUGAAGAUGUUGACCAACUUCUGGGCUGAACGGUCCUCGAGCGGUUGGACGAACCUAGAAUAUCCUUUGGGAGCAUCUGAGCACAUCUUCGCUGACUGCGACAUCAUUGUGCGAGAGGAUGAGCCAAGUUCCAUCAUUGCCUUUGCGUUAGACUCGCAACAUUACACGACGAUGCUUCAGAACAUGCAGAACCGAGCUCCGCAAGAGGACAUCGCCAGUGAUUUUAGCGGCCACGACCAUACUGACGAUUUGCAAUCUGAUGUCAUGCACUCGCUCUUGCGCAAGACAGGGACGCAUCUCAAAUAUCAGUUCCAGGAAGGCCCAGCCAAGAUGCUGUGCAAGAUCUUCUUCGCUGAACAAUUUGAUGCUGUUCGCAGGAAAUGCGGUGUCGCUGACAGAUUUGUCGAAUCGCUCUCAAGGUGUCUGAAAUGGGAUUCCAAGGGUGGCAAGACCAGGUCGCUGUUCUUGAAAACCCUAGAUGAUCGGUUCAUCUUAAAAUCACUGUCCCCCAUCGAAACGCAGUCCUUCCUCAAGUUCGCGCCAAAUUACUUUCAGAUCAUGUCAGAGGCCUUCUUCCACGAGUUACCCUCGGUAAUCGCCAAGAUGUUCGGUUUCUACCAGAUCAUCGUUAAGAAUCCCUCGACGGGACUCGAAUACAACUGGUUCCUACUGGUAAUGGAGAACCUAUUCUAUGACCGGGUCCCCACGCGUAUCUUCGACUUGAAGGGAAGCAUGCGAAACCGCAAGAUGAACGCAACGGGCGAAAAGGGCGAAGUUUUGCUGGAUGAGAACAUGGUCGAGUUCAUUUACGAAUCACCCCUUUUUGCUCGCGAACAUAGCAAGAAACUUUUGAGGUCGUCCGUCCACAAUGACACUCUAUUCCUGGCGCGCCAAAAUGUCAUGGACUAUUCGCUAAUGGUCGCUAUCGACGAGAAUCGGAAAGAGCUUGUCGUGGGCAUCAUUGACUGUAUACGCACCUAUACAUGGGACAAGAAACUCGAAAGUUGGAUCAAAGAUCGUGGCCUUGUUCCGGUGCGUGGCGGAAACAAGAACAGACCGACAGUGACAUCUCCAAGGGAAUAUAAGAGAAGGUUUCGAGAGGCGAUGAAUCGGUAUGUUCUUGAAGCGCCAGAUUGUUGGCACCAAUUUAAGCCAGUGAGAGUUGAGAGGAGAUUGUUGGAAGGGAGAGGAGAGAAGGACGUUAGCGGCGGCGAUGGAGGGAGGGAUCAGGAUGGGGACAAAGAGAACGAGGUACAACUUUUAUCUUAG